AAGGACCAACACUUCUCAUCCGCGCCCCCAAACCCAACUGGAACCGAACCCCAUUUUCUCUCUCUCUAUUCCUCUUUCCAAUGGCGUCUCCGUUCCUCGCGCAGGCGACAAUGGUCCCCACCGUCUCAUUCUCCUCCUCCAUCUCCGCCUCCCUCCCUUGGCGGUUUCCGCACCUCUCCUCGGCGGCAUUUCCGCGGCGGCGGAGGAGGGAGAUCUUCAUGCCGGCGCUCAGCUCCACCACGGCAGAGGGCAAGAUCGUGUCUCGGGUAAAGUCCGAGGGCGACGUCCUCUCCAAAGGCGAGAGCGUCUGCGUCGUCGUCGUGGAGUCCAACAAGGCCUUUACUCUGUCCAAUUUGGGCAUGUUUGGAGUGGAUAGAUUCGAUGCUAUAUGCCAGAUGGAUUUGUAUCUUUUAUCUCAAAAGUGGAAGGAGCUGGUGGAGAAAGCCCGUUCAAAGCUACUUCAGCCUCACGAGUACAAUUCAGGAACUUUUACUCUGUCCAAUUUGGGCAGAGCCAUCUCCCAGGGCGCCCCAAUACCUCUCAAAUCAAAAUCCUCCAAUUCCUCCACUAACCCUAACCCUCACCAUCCUCUCACCGUCCUCUUCGCCCUCGCCAUCGCCAUCAUCCGCAAGCUCUCUUUCUCAAUCCCCGCAGUCGUUGGAGUUUCCCAAUCGCUGGGCCCCGCUGUGGGCCCCGCGUUCUUCGCAGCAGUGAGGGACCGGCAGAGUACCUACCUGAACACACCACUGACGGUUGUGGCGGCGGGGCUGGCUAAGUGGCUCGACAUCUACAGCGGAGUUCUGAUGGUCAGAGUACUCCUCAGCUGGUUCCCCAACAUCCCUUGGGAUCGCCAGCCCCUCUCCGCCAUCCGCGACCUCUGUGAUCCUUAUCUCAAUCUCUUCCGCAACAUUAUCCCUCCAGUUUUUGACACCCUUGACGUCAGCCCACUCCUCGCCUUCGCUGUCCUCGGCACCCUCGGCUCCAUCCUUAGCAACAGCAGAGGAAUCUAGUAAUCUUCGUAAGGAACAUGAUUUUUGUUUUUUGUUUUUUAAGUUAUUUUUGGAUAUGGUAUAUGUAUAGUUUGCAACUUUGGAAUUUGAUUACCGAGAUUUUCUGUUUACUUAUUGAGUAUUAGAUAUCAAUAGAAGCAAUACUUGUUCUUGCACAAUUUUUAUUUGUCA